AGCGAGUGAACCAAUCACUGUGUUUGGAAGAAAGCGCUUUCUCAGAGCAGACGUAACACCUGUAGCUCAGGAUCUUCCCCCGGACCGGCUGCGUCAUGGCGGCGGCUCAGUGUAUCCGUAACCCCAGGGACAUCGCGUCGCUGUACCGGGAUCUCAGCCAGUUUCCAUCCCUCUCCAGCGCGUCUAUAGGGCCGGAGGUCACCACGCAGUACGGGGGUAAAUACAGCAACAUAUACACAGAGUGGUCGCAGAGAGAUCUGGAUCGGAAUGAGCAGAUUAAGUUUUGCCGGCAGUAUAUAGUCUUCCAUGACAACAACACUGUUGUGUAUUCCAGUUCUUGUGGGAAUGGCAGUGAGAUAACGGGAGAACUCCUCAGCAGCGAGUCGCCCUCAGGAGCACUGAAAGCCGUUCUGCGGGGGAGUAAGAGCAAGACGGGCGAUGCCAUCCAAUUCCUGGAGGUCUGGGACAGGAAUCGGAAGGUGAAGAGCAUCAAUCUGACGGUUCUGGAUAAACACGGGAAGGUGUAUGAAGAUGAGCAGUUUGGGUGUCUGUCCUGGUCACAUUCGGAGUCCCACCUUCUGUACAUUGCCGAGAAGAAGCGGCCUAAGACAAAGUCCUUUUUCGAGGCGUCUGCCGGAGAUCUUUCCGUUCCCUCGGAUGAGGAUGAAGCCAAUAAACCUGUGAAGGGGGAUCAGUUUGUGCUGCAUGAAGAUUGGGGGGAGGGGCUGGUGAAGAAGAGCAUCCCGGCGCUGUGUGUGCUGGAUAUUGAGAGCGGUAACAUUUCGGUCCUGGAGGGAAUUCCGGAGCACGUGUCUCCUGGACAGGCGUUCUGGUCCCCGGAUGAUACAGGGGUGGUGUUUGUGGGAUGGUGGCACAGUCCAUUUCGCGUCGGCCUGAAGCAUUGCACUAACAGAAGGUCCGCCAUGUUCUUUGUGGACCUGACUGGAGGGAAAUGUGAGCCGCUCUCUCCUGAUUCCUCCUCCGUCUUCUCACCUCGUCUGAGUCCAGACAAGUGUCGCAUUGUGUAUCUGAGGUGUGAGGUGUUCGGGCCUCACCAGCAGUGCUGCCAGCUGCUCAUGUACGACUGGUAUACCAAAGUCACCUCUGUGGUGGUGGAUACGGUGGCGCGAUCGGAAGAUGGCCGGUUUGAGGGGAUUUACACUCAGCUGCUGGCGCCGCUCUGCUGGUCUGCGGACAGCCAGAGAGUAAUUGUGGACACUGCGCUGCGCAGUCAGCAGGUACUGAUUGCUGUGGAUAUAAUGACGGGGAAAGUGACCCCUCUCCAGUCCAGAGAGGCGUCGCAGGGCAGCUGGAAAUUAAUGGCCAUUGACCGUGACCUGAUGGUUGUCCGGUUUUCGUCUCCGAGCUGUCCUCCCACUCUGAAGGUGGGGUUCCUGCCUCCAGCCCUCAGUGGAGAAGACAUCACCUGGGUGUCCUUAGAGGAGGAGAAUUCCGUGCUGAACAUAGACUGGGGCUAUAAGACCCAUAAACCGCCUGCGGGGCAGGAGAACCCCCAGUACCCCGGCCUAGACUAUGAGUCCAUCUUCCUGAAGCCGCAGCAGCUGCGUGAGCAGUGUCGUGUCCCGUUGGUGGUGUUUCCGCACGGGGGUCCCCACUCCUCGUUUGUCAGUGAGUGGAUGCUGUUCCCGGCCGUCCUGUGUAGAAUGGGCUUCGCCGUGCAGUUGGUGAAUUAUCGCGGAUCCCUGGGAUUUGGGCAGGACAGCGUCUCUUCUCUGCUGGGGAGAGUUGGAGAGCAGGACGUGAAGGAUAUGCAGACGGCGGUGCUGCAGGUUCUGCAGACGGAGCCCAUAGACCCACACAAAGUCGUUCUGUGCGGAGGGUCCCACGGCGGCUUUCUGUCCUGCCAUCUGAUUGGUCAGUAUCCAGAUUUCUACAAAGCCUGCAUUGUGCGCAACCCAGUCACCAACAUCCCAGCGAUGGCCGGAUCCACUGACAUACCGGACUGGUGCCAUGUGGAGACCGGCCGCACUUACUCCUAUCAGGCUCUACCUGUUGCUGCACAGUGGGAGGACAUGUUGAAUAAAUCCCCCAUCACCUAUGUACCCCAGGUGAGGACCCCGGUGAUGCUGAUGCUGGGAGAAGAAGACAGGCGUGUGCCAAACACUCAGGGGCUGGAGUAUUAUAAAGCGCUGAGAGCCCACAAUGUGCCAGCCAGGUUACUCUGGUAUCCUGACAACAACCACUCAUUAUCCAAGGUGGACGCUGAAUCGGACGGGUUCAUGAACAUUGCGCUGUGGAUCCUGAAACACCUGUGACGUGACGUCUGCCUUUACCUGUGUCUGACCGUGUUCUGUAAAGGGCUCUUAUCUUCCAGCACAUAGAAGGGUAACACCCAGGUGCGAGGCCCAGAGUGACCUCGUGCCCCCGCUACACUGAUCACCUGACUGUUGUGUCAUCCACAUCGAUGACAUCACCAGUGCACAGCGGGGGGGGAUUACUCCUCAUCAUACAGGAGGUUUUUUAAUGAGCAGUUUAUACACAUUGUUACUCUAUUAUGGAAUUGAUAAUAGCUGUUACUAAUUUAUAUUAAAAGCUGCUGCAGAUGAUGGUUCCGCACUUAUGCUAACGAGCGGCGGCGUUGUGACGAC